GCCAAUUCUCCCAUUCGAUCCUGAUUCUCCCUUCGACUUCCCCCCUCCGAUUCUCGCCCACCACAUUACACCAAUCAGUUUCGAAGUAAUGGGAUCCUCUUCCUCAAAGGCCGCGCAAGGCGUAGCUCGCAAAUUCCCGACCCGCGCUCCGGGCGCCGUACCACCACCGUCAACCGCCGCGAGAGCAGCUCCCGCUGCCCCUCCAACGCAGCCUGCGCAGGCCCAGUCACAGGCGAAGACGGCGACACUCAAACCAGAAGAUCUCACAUCCGCCACAACCACAAACCCCGAGGUCACCGCCGAAUUCUCCUCGCGCCUCCGCCAAAUGGGCAUCGUCCAGCCGAACCCAACCUUCUCCUCCACAUCAACAGCCAGCGCCGGCCCCGCUCCCGUCGCAGGCAGCCGCCCCGGUCCGAGUCCUCACGCCGACCUAAUCCAGAACCCGGGCCCCUUGUUCCCGUCAACAUCCCGCAACGCGACGCUCGGCACUCUCGAAGCCCGCCGCCGGCUUCAACAAGAGGCCGAUGCCGAGUUUGACGGGCUCGGACGCAGCAGCAGUGGCGGGAGGGAGUUCUUGGAUCUCAAGACGAUUAUUCAGAUGCACCUGAUGCGCGAGAGGGGACACUCGCCCGCUGAGAUUGAGGCGAGGCUGGAUUUGAAGGCUGGAGUUGUGGCGAGGUUGGGACGUAUUGGGAUCACGUCGCCUGCUUGAGUUGGCAUUCGCGCAGAGAGAGUGUGUUUGUUGGGAAAAGUUGUUGAAGGUGUAUAAAAAUUGUAAUUAUAGGUAUACUGCUCUACGAAAACCACAAAAGCUCCC